AUGGCCACCCCUUCGCUGGGCGCAGGCCAGAUCGCCUCGGCCGUCAACGGCCAGGUUGCUCUUUACCCUCCCGCCACUAGCCCUCCUCUUGGUCAAGAGGACAGCACCGAGAUGGUUCUCGAACUCGCCGACGGAACCGCUUACCGAGGUAUCAGCUUUGGUGCCGAAGGCAAGUCCGUCUCUGGUGAAUGUGUCUUCCAGACUGGUAUGGUCGGCUACGUCGAGUCGAUCACCGACCCUUCGUACGAGGGUCAGAUCCUCGUCCUCACUUUCCCCCUCGCUGGUAACUACGGUGUUCCGAGCCGAGAGGAGGCUGCUCAGAGCAUCCAGAAGCUGCUCGCCUCUCCCUUCGAGUCGAGCCGCAUUCACGUGGCCGGUCUCGUCGUGUCGUACUACAGCCACGAGUUCAGCCACUACCUCGCCCAGACCGGCCUCUCGGACUGGCUCAAGGAGAGCGGCGUCCCCGCCAUCUACGGUAUUGACACCCGUGCCCUGACCAAGAAGAUCCGCAACCAGGGUAGCAUGCUUGGCAAGCUGCUCAUGCCCCAGCCCGGUGCUUCCAUCGCCAAGGCUGCUGCGGCGGGUGACUGGCGCCAGGCCGUCGUCGACCUCCCCUUUGCCGACCCCAACGCCCAGAACCUGGUCGCUCGCGUGUCGUGCAAGAAGCCCACCCUCUACACUCCUGCCAACACCGCUCCUGGCGAGUCGCUUGGCAAGUACGAGGCCCCCCUCGUCCACCCCUCGGGUCGUCCCAUCCGCAUCCUCGCCCUCGAUGUGGGUAUGAAGUACAACCAGAUCCGCUGCUUCACCUCGCGUGGUGUCGAACUCAAGGUUGUCCCUUGGGAUUACGACUUCCUCGCCGAGGCCGAGGCCUUUGAUGGUCUCUUCAUCUCCAACGGUCCCGGUGACCCCGUCUCGUGCGGUCCCACCAUCGCCCGCAUCGCCGAGCUUCUCAAGCUCAAGGGUGCCAACAUGAUCCCAAUCUUUGGUAUCUGUCUCGGCCACCAGCUGCUUGCCCUCGCUGCCGGUGCCCAGACCGAGAAGCUCAAGUUCGGUAACCGUGGUCACAACAUCCCCUGUACCGACCAGAUCAGUGGCCGCUGCUACAUCACCUCCCAGAACCACGGAUACGCCGUCAACGCCGACACCCUCCCCGCUGGCUGGAAGCCCCUCUUCGCCAACGCCAACGACGACACCAACGAAGGUAUCUACUGCACCGAGGGACCCUUCUUCAGUGUCCAGUUCCACCCCGAGAGCACUCCCGGUCCUCGCGACACCGAGUUCCUCUUCGAUGUCUUCAUCCGCAGCGUUGUCGACUGUGCUUCCGUCAAGGCUGCCCCCGGCGCCACGCCUGCCACCAUCCUCCCCCCCGUUGGAUUCACCGGUGGCCUGCUUGCCGAUAACGCUGCUGCCCACCCGCGCGUUCACGUGCGCAAGGUGCUUGUGCUUGGUUCCGGUGGUCUCAGCAUUGGUCAGGCCGGUGAGUUCGACUACUCCGGUUCGCAGGCCAUCAAGGCGCUGAAGGAGGAAGGCAUCUACACGGUGCUUAUCAACCCCAACAUCGCCACCAUCCAGACCUCGGCCGGUCUCGCCGACAAGGUCUACUUCCUGCCCGUGACCCCCGAGUUUGUCCUCAAGGUCAUUGAGCAUGAGCGACCCGACGGUAUCUACUGCACCUUCGGUGGUCAGACCGCCCUCAACGUCGGUAUCAAGAUCAAGGAUGAGCUGCCCAAGAUGGGCGUUCGCGUCCUCGGUACUCCCAUCGACACCAUCAUCACCACCGAGGACCGAGACCUCUUCGCCAAGGCCAUGGAGGAGAUCGGUGAGAAGUGCGCUCCCUCUGCCGCCGCUAACAACUGGGAUGAGGCCCUCGCCGCAGCCCAGUCGAUUGGUUUCCCCGUCAUUGUGCGUGCUGCUUUCGCCCUCGGUGGUCUCGGCUCCGGUUUCGCCAACAACGUCGAGGAGCUCCGCAAGCUCUGCUCGGCUGCCUUUGCCAACUCUCCGCAGGUGCUCGUCGAGAAGUCGAUGAAGGGCUGGAAGGAGGUCGAGUAUGAGGUCGUUCGUGAUUGCCGCAACAACUGCAUCACCGUCUGCAACAUGGAGAACUUCGACCCUCUCGGUGUCCACACAGGUGACUCGAUCGUCAUCGCUCCCUCGCAGACGCUCAGCGACGAUGACUACAACAUGCUCCGUACCACCGCUGUCAACGUGAUCCGUCACCUUGGUGUCGUCGGAGAGUGCAACAUCCAGUAUGCCCUCAACCCGCACAAGCGCGAGUACUGCAUUAUCGAGGUCAAUGCCCGUCUCUCACGUUCAUCGGCGCUCGCCUCCAAGGCCACCGGAUACCCCCUCGCCUUCAUCGCUGCCAAGCUCGGUCUCAACAUUCCCCUCAACGAGAUCCGCAACAGCGUCACGCGCGAGACCAGCGCCUGCUUCGAGCCCUCGCUGGACUACGUCGUCACCAAGUUCCCCCGAUGGGAUCUGCGCAAGUUCGUCCGCGUCAGUAGCAAGCUUGGCUCUUCGAUGAAGAGUGUCGGUGAGGUCAUGAGCAUUGGUCGAACCUUUGAAGAGUCCAUCCAGAAGGCCAUCCGCUCCAUCGACUACGCCCACGACGGUUUCAGCCAAAACGACAUCGUCCCCGACGAUGAGAUCGACGAGGAGCUCACCAACCCCACCGACAAGCGCAUGUUUGCCAUCGCCAACGCCAUGGCCAAGGGUUACUCGGUUGACAAGAUUCACCAGAUGAGCAACAUCGACCGAUGGUUCCUCAGCAAGCUCAUGCGCAUCACACAGGCCACCAAGGUCUUCUCGACUCACAACGCUGCCAGCUUCCCUCCUGCCAUGCUUCGCCAGGCCAAGCAGCUCGGUUUCUCGGACAAGCAGCUCGCCAAGGCGCUCAACUCGACCGAGCUCGCCGUCCGUAAGAUGCGUCAGGAACAUGCCAUCAUGCCCUUUGUCAAGCAGAUCGACACGGUCGCCGCCGAGUUCCCCGCGUACACCAACUACCUCUACACCACCUACAACGCCGUUGAGCACGAUGUCAACUUCAGCGAUAAGGGUGUUAUGGUGCUGGGCUCCGGUGUCUACCGUAUCGGUUCGUCGGUCGAGUUCGACUGGUGUGCUGUGCGUGCCAUCCGAACCCUCCGCCAGCGCGGUUUCAAGACAAUCAUGGUCAACUACAACCCCGAGACCGUCUCGACCGACUACGACGAGGCGGACCGUCUCUACUUCGAGAACAUCUCGCUCGAGACUGUGCUCGACAUCUACGACACAGAGCAGUCGGCCGGUGUCAUCAUGGCGAUGGGUGGCCAGACGCCCAACAACAUUGCGCUGCCGCUGUACCGCCAGAACGUCAAGGUGCUCGGCACUUCGCCCGAGAUGAUCGACAUGGCCGAGAACCGAUACAAGUUCUCGCGCAUGCUCGACAAGAUCGGCGUCGAUCAGCCCAUGUGGAAGGAGCUCACCAGCUUCGAGGAAGCCCAGUCGGCUUGCGCCCGCUUCGGCUACCCGGUUCUGGUGCGUCCCUCGUACGUGCUCAGUGGUGCCGCCAUGAACGUUGUCUACUCUCCCGAGGAUCUCAACAGCUACCUGUCGCAGGCCGCCGCCAUUAACCGCGAGCACCCCGUCGUCAUCACCAAGUACCUCGAGGGCGCCAAGGAGAUUGAGAUGGACGCUGUUGCCAAGGACGGUAAGAUGAUGAUGCACUACAUCUCGGAGCAUGUCGAGAACGCUGGUGUGCACUCGGGUGAUGCCACGCUUAUCCUGCCUCCUCAGGAUCUGGACCCCGAAACCGUUCGCCGCAUCGAGGUGGCCACCGCCAAGAUUGCUGCUUCGCUGCACAUCACCGGUCCUUUCAACAUCCAGUUCAUCGCCAAGAACAAUGACAUCAAGGUCAUCGAGUGCAACGUCCGAGCUUCUCGAUCCUUCCCCUUCGUCAGCAAGGUCACCGGCGUCGAUGCCAUCCAGAUGGCGACUGACCUGAUGCUCGACCUUCCCGUCGAGGCUUACCCCAAGGUCGACCUGCCUCGCAACUACGUCGGUGUCAAGGUGCCUCAGUUCAGUUUCAGCCGUCUGGCUGGCGCUGAUCCCAUUCUCGGUGUCGAGAUGGCUUCGACUGGUGAGGUGGCCUGCUUCGGUCGCGACAAGUACGAGGCCUAUCUCAAGGCUAUGAUCGCCUCGGGUAUCCGCCUCCCAACCAAAAACGUCUUGCUCAGCAUCGGUUCGUUCAGCGAGAAGCAGGAGCUGCUUCCCUCUGUCCGCACACUCCACGAGCUUGGCUUUACGCUUUACGGCUCGUCCGGCUCGGCCGACUUCUACUCGGAGCAGGGCAUCCCUGUCAUCCAUCUCGAGGCGCUUCCUGAGGACGACGAGUCCAAGUUCGAGGACACGACCAAGGCCUCGUACUCGCUGCUGACGCACUUGACCCAGGGCCUCUCGUCGCUCUUCAUCUCGCUGCCAAGCAAGAACAAGUACCGACGACCUGUAUCAUUCACUUCGAUGGGCUACCGUGCGCGUCGAUUGGCGAUCGACCGAUCCAUCCCGCUCAUCACCAAUGUCAAGAACGCCAAGCUCUUCGUCGAGGCUCUCGCGCGUCACCGCAAGGCCGGCUCGAGCUUCGACAUCAUGCCUGUCGACUUCAAGACCAGCCACACGGCCUUCACCUUGCCUGGUCUCAUCAACGUCAACGCCUUUGUGCCCAGCAUUGCUGACGGCAAGGUGAACGCAGAUGAGCUCGCCGCCAUCACGCGUGCCUCGCUCGCUGGCGGUUUCACCACGGUCCAGGUGAUGCCUUCGAGCGUGGUCGACGCGGCCUCGCUCGCAGUGGCCGAGAGCAAGAUCGCUGGCGGUGCCCACUGCGAUGUUUCGCUCGGCGUAUCGGCCUCGGCUGACAACCACGAGUUGGUCGACCAGCUCGCCGAAAAGGCGCGCUCGCUGCUCAUCUCAUUCAACGGCCUCGGCUCCAAUGUCAGCAAAGCUGCCACUAUCGCGUCGCACUUUGCCUCGUGGCCCGCGGAUCGCCCCAUCGUCACCGACGCCCGCAACACGGACCUGGCCUCGGUGCUCUUGCUGGCCAGCCUGCACAACCGCUCGAUCCACGUGACCAACGUGCUGUCGCGCGACGACAUCCACCUCAUCGCGCUCGGCAAGGCCAAGGGUCUGCAGGUGACAUGCGACGUUGCGGUGUACGCUCUGUUCUUCACAACCGAGAUGUACCCGCAGGCCACCUGCCUGCCUUCGGCUGAUGACCAGAAGGCGCUGUGGGAGAACCUCGAGGACAUUGACAUGUUCUCGAUCGGUAGCACGCCUUAUCAGCUCGCCAAGGAGAUUGGUGAGGUGGCCGCCCCCCAGGCCGGUAUCGAGGAGACGCUUUUGCUGCUGCUAGAUGCUGUCAACGAGCAUCGCCUGACGCUGGACGACAUCCUGCUGAGGCUGUACACCAAGCCCAAGGAGGUCUUUGGCGUCCAGGCGCAGGCCGACACGCAGGUCGAGAUCGAGAUCGACCGACCUACGGCGUUUGUUCGCCGAGACUACUGGUCGCCGCUCGAGUCGCGUGCCACUGUGGGCUCGAUCAACCGCGUCACGCUCAAGGGCAAGACGGUGUUUGUGGACGGCGAGGUGCUCUCGGAUGUCUCGCUGGGCAGCAAUGUCAGCAACGUCGCCACCGUCGCCAAGCAGGCCAAGCCGACGGGCCGACGAGUGUCGUUCUCUGCUGCCACUGCUGGCGCCGCACCGGGCUCCGGUGUGAUUUCGGCUCAGGACGCUCCCACGUCGCCGACUCCUCUGUCGCUCGGACUCAAGUCGCCCGUUCUUGGUUCGAUCGAGCCAGGUCAGGCCCGUAGCGGCAGCCUGAUGGCCGCCUUUGCCCACGAGUCGACGGCUCUCACGGUUGCUCCCGCCGCGCCGUCAAUUGGAUCGGUUCUGUACCACCCGACCUUCGCGCGACGACACAUUCUCUCGGUCAAGAGCUUCACUCGUGAUGACCUGCACGCUCUGUUCUCGGUGGCGACCGAGAUGCGCGUGAUGGUGGAGCGACAGGGUGCCGUUGACCUGCUGCGCGGACGUGUUCUGGCCACGCUCUUCUACGAGGAGUCGACGCGCACGUCGUGCUCGUUCGAGGCUGCCAUGCUGCGCCUGGGCGGCCAGGUGGUCAAGGUUCAGCCGGAAAAGUCGUCGGUGCAGAAGGGCGAGUCGAUCCCGGACACGGUGCGCACGCUGGGCUGCUACGCCGAUGCGGUCGUGAUGCGCCACCCUGCGCCUGGCAGCGUGCACCUGGCUGCCAAGCACUCGCCGGUGCCCGUCAUCUCGGGAGGCGAGUCGUCGAUCGAGCACCCGACACAGGCGCUGCUCGACACUUUCGCCAUCCGUGAAGAGAUGGGUACGGUCGCCGGUCUUACCAUCACCAUGGUGGGUGAUCUCAAGUACGGCCGCACGGUGCACAGCCUGGUGCAGCUGCUGUGCCUGUACGGCGUGACGGUCAACUACGUCAGCCCGGAGUCGCUCAAGAUGCCGGAAGACGUCAAGCAGGCAGUUGCACGCAAGGGCAUCAAGCAGUACGAGUCGAGCGCGCUCACGGACGACAUUCUGGCUCGCACCGAUGUGUUGUACGUGACUCGGGUGCAGAAGGAGCGCUUCCCCGACGUGGCCUCGUACGAGGCGGUCAAGAACAGCUACGUGGUGGACAACGCGACGCUGGCCAAGUGCAAGUCGAGCACGAUCGUGCUGCACCCGCUGCCCAAGAACAACGAGCUGGCCGACGACCUCGAGUACGACCCUCGCGCUGCUUGGUGGCGACAGGUCAAGUACGGCCUGUACCUGCGCAUGGCUCUGCUCGCCAUGGUGCUCCACCACCGUGCCUGA